AUGAGGCAGUAUUCUCCUAUAGAUGUUGCACUAGAUGAUGACUUAUUUUACUCUUAUAGGUUAUCUAUGGGUGUAUUUGACUCAUUAAUUUCCAAAGAUGAAGAGGAGAAGAUCAAAAAUGUAUUUCAAAUUAAGAAGUCAUCAAAGAACAAUGAUAUUGAUUUAUACAGACAAGAAUUCUUGAGAAAGUUUAACUCAAAUGAAAAUGGUCUGGCUUCUGAAGUGUUUACAGAAACAAAUAAUUUUCUAUCUUGUAUUGGGAAGCUAAAUAACCAAUCUAUUCAUCUCCUCUUUCAAUUCAAUGAAAUUAUUACAUCAACUAAAGCUAGUUCAAAACUUAUAUUUGCUGGAAACGAAUCAGUUUUAUAUAAUUUAGGUACAGAUGAAAAUUGUGAAUGUAAGGUAUUACCAAUAGACUCUUCUAUAAUUGGUUUUGUAGAUUAUAUUGAUACUAGAAACGACACGAUGAAAAGUUUUUUAUCCAAAUUUAAUAAGAAAAUAUCUGAUCUAUCCCCAUUCUUAGAUAAUAAACAUAAAAAUAAUAAAAAUGAAUUCAUUACUUAUAUUAAACUCUUGCUCAGAGUUUCAUUUAUAAAAUCCAUUUGUCUUCUAAAAAUGUACGGUAAAAUACUUCCAAUCUAUUUGUUUGAUGGGAGCCAGCUAUUAAUUAAAAUAGAACCUAUGUUUAAUUUCUUAAAUGAUGGUUGCAUGAUUUCUUACAAGGUUAUUAAUGAGCAAAUAGAUUCAUCAAUAAUGAAAGUAGAUCUUAAUUAUCACCAAUUCAAAUGGUUUUAUUCAUGGAAAAAAAUAUUUAAAAUUUCAAACAAUUUCUUCUUAUUUCAAAAUGAUUACCCAUAUCAAUUAUCACCAAACAAAAAAUUAUGUAUGCAAAAUAUCAAUUCUGAAUCCAGUUUAACACCACCAAGAAAAGUUAUAAAUAUUUUAAAUGAUGAGAAUCCGAAAGGCAACCUUGCUGAUGAAAAGCCAAAUAAAAAAAUGUCUUCGCCUGGUAAAAUUCAAGAAUCACAAAAAGAUAUUUUUAGUGAAGAAGAAAAUGAGGCCUCAUCAAGAACCAAUGAUGAGAGUAGUCCUGCUUUUUCCUCUUUGUCAAAAACAACUAAUGAUGUCAUUAACGAAUUAUUGAAUAAACCUAAUUCUAAUAUACUAUCUUCUAAACAGAAAAAGAAGAGAUCUAAACAGAGUGAAUCUUCUGAUAUUGAAAACUCGCAAGAUUAUGUGGAUAAAUUGAUUCAACAGCAAACAAUGCAGCUCUUCGACCUUUAG